AUGAUAUAUUGGAAGUUACUUCUUUUGUUUGGUACAAUUUUGAUUUUCCUUAAUAAGAAAAAUAAUGUAAAAAACAUAAAACUCAUAGAAAAAAAAAAAAAAAAUCUUUAUGAUCAUCAAUUUGACCAAAUAGGAUGUGUAAAAACGGGAAAGAGGAAAUGUCCCUCCUUAUAUCUUUUUAAAAAUGUAAAUAGGUAUAAUAAGAUAAAUAAAAGAAAAGAAAACAAAUUAUUUUUCGACAGAAAUGGUAUAAAUGUACCUGAAGAUGUUGCGAUGUUUGGAAAAACAAAUGUUUAUUAUAUAAGAGAAAGUAUAUAUGAUAAAAAUAAGAAUAAUUUAAUACCUAACGAAGUGGAAUCGGAAUAUAUAGAAGAAUUAGAUAACCAUAAUGAUAAGAACAAUGUGGAUAAUAUGAACCAUGGGGAUAAUAUAAACCAUGGGGAUAAUAUAAACCGUGGGGAUAAUAUAAACCAUGGGGAUAAUAUAAACCAUGGGGAUAAUAUAAACCGUGGGGAUAAUAUAAACCAUGGGGAUAAUAUAAACCGUGGGGAUAAUAUAAACCGUGGGGAUAAUAUAAACCAUGGGGAUAAUUUAUCAGGUCAUGUAAAAUCUGAACAUAUAAAUACGAAUAAAGCAUCCGCCCCAACGUCUAGCCAUAAUAAUACAACAGAAAAAGAAGGAACACAAGAGGACAGUAUUUUUACAUAUAUAAACAAAGAUAGAGAUUAUGUUACCCAAGUAGGCAAUUCGCCAAGUAUAAAUAUAUAUGAAAGAACCUAUAAAGCGGAUAGUAAAUAUUUGUAUAAACAGUUUGAAAAUGUGAAUGAAGUAAAUUUACAAUUAUUGAAAAAUGUAAAAAGUAUUGAUGAAAAAGAAAAGUUGAUAAAUAAGAAAGUUAUGGAAAAAGUAAAAGAAGAUAUCAAAAGAUUUCAAGAAUGUGAUGAAAUUAUGGAUAUUAAAGGUAGAAUUAUAAAACCAAAUAUUGAUUUAAAACAUAAAGUCAAAGAGGAUUCAUCCAAAAACAAUACAAAUACACAUGAUGAUAUGGAUGAAGAAGAAAAAAAUGAAGUAAUUAAAAAGUUAUAUAUGAUUGAAAAAAAAACAGAGAAAUAUCUAGAAGAAAAUAUUUAUUUUGUUAUUCAAUCUUGGCUACCUGAUAUUAGAAUUGAUGAUACACUUAUACUAAUAGAUAAUAUUGAAAAAAGUUAUAAUGAAUUUGAUAUGUCCAAAUAUUAUGAUCAAUUUAAUGAAGCCAAAAAAAAAGACUUCUAUUAUGAUUUAUCGAAUUUUGAAAUUGAAAAUAUUCCACAAAAUAUUAAUGAUGAUACAGAAAUAGAAUGUGAACAUAUCAAUUCGUAUAAUAAUACAUACAAUAAAUUAAAUAAUUAUAAUUUAAAAAAAUAUUCCUAUACAUAUACAACCAAUGAAAAUGCAGAUACCAAGUUUAAUAAAAAUGAACCCAUGCCACCAAUAGUUUUAAUUAAUACGAAAAAAAAUUUAAUGGUACAACAAUGGGAAUCCAAAAAUUUUAAAAAUAGACAUAAAAGAAAUAAAUCACACGAAUUCACAAGGAUACAAAGAGCCUUUAGACCAUUUUCAUAUGUAGAUUUAAGUGAUAUUACAUGUAUUUACAAAAAUAAUUUUCUUCAAUUAAAAAUGAAAUUAUCACACAGAAAAUAUAAAAAUGAUAUAUAUCCCUUUUUCAUACCUAUUAAUAAUACUAAAGAAGAUUUAAUUGAUUUCAAUGGAUAUAAAAGGAGCGGGGAUUAUGCUUGGUCUUUUUUCUGGCAUCAUUUUAAUUAUGACAAAGAUACAGAUUAUAACUUUUUAAACAGAAACAUCAAAUUGAAUAUAACCGAAACCAAAUUUGAAGACGUUAACAAGAAGAAGGCAAAGAAAAUAAUGAAAAAAAUUCUAGAACAAACAAAAGGAAAGAAAAGAUAA